CGAACCAGGCCAUCAGACUGUCAGAGACACCAACGCUCGCCCCGCCCCCUCCUGUCCUGCCCAAGCUGACCGAUGGCGGCCGCGGCGCCGGUGUACCGGCGGGUGCUCAAGGCGGUGCAGAAGCACGUCGGCGGGGGCGCCUCCAAGCAGCACUUCCGGGACUUCGUCGCCGCCGAGUUCCGCGCCCCCGCUGGCACGGAGGCCGACGCCAGGGCGAGGCUGCGGCUCGCCGGGGACUACGCCUACCUUCUCACCAGCGUCCAUCACCACAAGGACCUGCUAUUCUCAUACAACAUUGCUGUGGACCGAUCUGAUGAAAUGAAGAAGAUUUUGAACAAAUCUGCUGCCAGUGUAGGCCUUCAGCUUCCAGAUGUCUACCAGCCUUGAAGGCUUCUGUUGUGCACGUAUGAGUGACCCAUGACACUGUCUUUAGUCAUGAGAUGUUGCUUUGAGUUGCAUAUUAGUUGUCUUCAGCUUGUCAAAUGUACUCUUUUCCAAUAAGGAGCGCCUGCUUUGGAUUGUUAA